AAGAGGGUGUGGGAGGGGAGAGGCCAUAAAAUACAAGCCAAAAGGAAGCGAGAGAAAUGGAAGUGGGAAGAGAAAGAGAAAGAGAUAUAAACAAGGCUGCGUGUCGAUUGCGAUUCUGAGGGUCGUAGCCCAAAUUCUUCCGGAUACCUUGACAACCUACAAAAGACUGCAAACUUGAGUGUGACUCUGUGGAAAUAAGAUGCAUGCGAUGGAGCAGGGGAGCGUUCAAGAGCAUGGAAGAAGUAGAAAACUCUCCAAGAUCUGGGUGAUAAAUGAACGUGUUCGAGUGGGACUCGCAGAAGCCCUCAGCACCUAUGUCAUGAUGGUGUUUGGCUUGGGCUCUGUGGCACAGGUCGUGACUGGACACGGUGCGUUCGGAGAGUACCUUAGUGUCAACCUGGGCUUCGGCCUGGGCGUGGCUAUGGGAGUGCAUAUUGGCGGGAGGGUCUCAGGGGCCCAUAUGAACGCAGCAGUAUCAUUCUCCAUGUGUCUCUUUGGUCGUUUGGGUUGGAGGAUGCUUCCCGUCUAUAUCCUCAGUCAGCUGAUAGGCUCCUUCUUGGCUGCUGGGACCAUAUACUCCCUUUACUAUGACGCCAUAUACCACUACUGUGGAGGGAAUCUGACUGUCUCUGGCCCAAAGGCUACAGCUGGGAUCUUUGCUACCUACCCAGCACCCUACCUCUCGCUUCAUGCUGGAUUCUUAGACCAGGUGAUCGGCACGGCCAUGUUGUUGCUAUGCCUGAUGGCCCUGUCUGACCAAAGGAACCAGCCUGCUCCAUCGGGGGGUGAGCCCAUCGCUGUGGGCCUGUUGGUACUGCUCAUAGGAGUCUCUCUGGGGAGCAACAGUGGAUACGCUAUCAACCCUAGCCGCGACCUGGGACCUCGAAUCUUCACCGCUAUAGCAGGCUGGGGGCCAGAGGUGUUCCGAGCAGGUAACGGCUGGUGGUGGGUACCUGUACUUGCCCCCAUGGUGGGAGGAGUCACAGGGGCUUCCAUCUACAAGGUCUUUGUGGAAUUGCACCACCCCUCCCCCUGUGAACACAGGAGGGAGAUAGAGGACGAGGCAGAGCCUUUGGAUAUGCAGAAAAACCUCAGCCCAGAGGUGUGUGUGUGAGGCACCCCAGCUAUGUGUGCGCACACUUGCUACACCCAAAGUAACUGGAGGAGGAUCCGAUGGAACAGAAACAUCGGCAAACAAUUGGGGAUGUUGUUCUGUGAGGACACUGACUGGACUGGUUACUUUCUCGAUGGUCCAAGUCCAAGUGACAGAAUGAAUUGUGAAAGUGAAACAACUGUGAAACAGAGCAUGAAUUCAGUUUGGCUCCCAGGCUAAGGAUGAAAGAGACCACCUCUAACAGAAGUCAAAGCUGCAUAUUGAAGUUGCCUGUAGGUACAAGUCUAGGAUCAGCUUACCCCUCAACCAAUAGAACUAUGGAGCCUUGAAACUGAUGACAAAAUGCAAGAAACUAUGUCAAAAAUGUAAUUGGUGCUCAUUACUCGUUUCGGUAUCAAAGCACAAUGCAGCACAUCUGAGGACACUGGAGGAAAUUUGGACUAAAAUGGCCAUCGGCAAUAACACAGGUUUAACCGAAACGAUUCUCAUCUGCCUUUAAUAGGAAAUACAUACAUCCAUAGACACAAAAGGGAAAUAAAUAGGAUCAACAGGAUGGCCUACAAGGCUUCACAGGGAAUAGCAGCAUUGCUAGAAAAAACAUGUCAGGCACGCACACACACACACACACAAACACACUCAGGAGAAGAAGCAUUUAUAGUGGUAUAAUACAUAGCUACCGUUUCCCUGCCAUUACUUACUUCAGAAGCCAAGCGCUGUAGCCCCAUUAGCUACCACAUAGAUCGUUAUCUUCAAUAUUCUGAAUGGUAGCAGCCAGAUAUGUUGCUUCCGGGCCCUUUUCACCCCACUCAAGAAACAAAUGCAGGGGAAACACUGCCAUAGCCCAUUGAAUAUGUAUUUUUUGGGGGGUGGGGGAGGGGAGGUUUCCUUAUCGCCUGCCCCCACUAUGCCUCCCUGAACUCCCCUGCCCCUUGGCAGUGCCCCCCACCCCUCCCUGGGCCGACUGUUUCUUCUUCGGGGCGGGCAGCUUUGCUUUGCCCCGGAAGGCUUUGCUGGGGUCCAGCUUGUUGACAGGCAGAUCUCCGGUGAGGUCGGCCAUACUGGGCUCACAGUGGAAACUCAGGGGCUGGUAGAGAGACGCCCACUGCUGUUGGGGAGAUAUAUUUGACACAAGCACAAUGGGUAAACUAACUAACCGAACAAAAACUCAUGGCAUUAUAUCCUACUGUUAAGAUGUACUUAUUUAGGUUUGCGUGCUGAGAGAAAUCUCUUUCAUGAGACGGACUUGUUUUAAACAUAUAUAACAAACCUUAUUGUUAAGUUGUCUAAUCAAAAAGUAUAGCUACACAUUUAUAAGUUGCUUACUACAGUAUAACUCAUUUUAGGAUACACUGAAAUUACUAAAAUACUAAUAUUUUUUUGUGAGACCUAGUCAAGGUAGGGCAGGGCAAUGAAACAAAUGCACUUAAUGACCCAUCCAUUGGGUCAGAGCUUGGGGGUCAACAUACAACAUACCUCAGUCAAAACAUGUUAGUUUUAGGCCCUGACUUAUUUGUUUUAGCUGAUGUGGCCAGAAAGUGAUGAUACAUAGCCUAACUGGGGUAUGUUAUGUUUGACCUGACUAUAUAUUGUACAUUGAAAGAAACAAUACAAUCUGUGUUUACCUUGUA